AUGGGAGCUCGAUGCGAAGCCAUGACAACAGUGCAGUGUGCAACCAUUACAGAGUACAGUCGCACCUGGCGGUGAGUGCAUUAAUCAUGUCCAUCGUCCCCGAGCAUUUCUUUACUUCAUUCCCUUCCUUCACGUAACUAUAUUUAAUUCACAGAGAGAGAGAGAACAGAGAGAGAGAGAAGAGAGUUUGGUUUGGUGAGCUGUGUGGUUUCUGACCCCAGUAUUCAUUUCCAUCUUUUUAAGGCCAAAAGAACCCCCUUCACAUGGCUUCUUCUGAUGCACCACCAUAAGUGUCUCUGCUCGCUCGAGCGAUGCGGCAUGAUUGUGAGGGAACUGGACGACCAUCAUCAUCGUCGUCAUCACCAUCGUCAUGAGGAAGAAGAAGACGAGUUCUUCAUGUUGGGCAGCUCUCGCUCUGGGGCUCGCGCUCAUCGAUGGGCUCCUCGCGCCGCGCGCGCGGGGCCUCAGCAUGGACGGGGUGCUCCUGCUCUCCUUCAAGUACUCCAUCACCAGCGAUCCGCUCGGGGCGCUCGCCGGCUGGAGCUACGGCGACGACACGCCGUGCUCGUGGCCCGGCGUCACGUGCGGCGCCCCCGGUAACGGCACCGUCGCCUUCCGCGUAGUCGGCCUCUCCCUCCGGGGCUCGCGACUCGCCGGCUCGAUCCCUUCCGACAUGGGCAUGCUCAGGUACCUGCGCACCCUCGACCUUUCCAACAACUCCCUCAACGGCACCCUCCCCGACACCAUCUUCGGUGCCACCGACCUCCGCGUCCUGGAUCUCUCCGAUAACCGGAUCGAGGGCCCGAUCCCCGCGGCCAUCGGACUGCUCGGGAACCUCCAGCUCCUCAACCUCUCCUACAACGCCUUGACGGGAAGCCUGCCGGCCAACCUCACUGCGCUCCCGAACCUGACCGUCGUGUCGCUCAAGAACAAUUACAUCACCGGGUACCUCCCCGGCGGGUUCGACUACGUGGAGAUCCUUGAUCUGUCAUCGAACCUGAUCAACGGGUCGCUGCCGGAGGAUUUCGGCGGCGAGGGCCUCCAGUACCUGAAUGUCUCCCACAACCAGCUCUCCGGGGAGAUCCCUAGGGGCUUCGCCGCCAGUAUCCCGGGCAACGCCACCCUCGACUUCUCCUACAACGAGCUCGCCGGCGAGAUUCCGGAGUCUGUAGUGUUGACGAACCAGGACGAGCGGUCGUUCGGCGGGAACCCGGACCUCUGUGGGAUCCCAACAAGGAACCCGUGCCCGAUCCCUUCUUCCCCAUCGUCUUCGCCGCCGAACGUGUCGGCUCCGACCUCGCCUCCGGCGUUCGCAGCUUUCCCAAAGACGGUCACCCCCGAGACGACGAAUGCGACAGCGAGCAAGUCCAAGAGACAAACGGGGCUUCGGCCGGUGACCAUAAUCGGCAUUGUGGUCGGUGACAUUGCGGGCAUUGCCAUAGUGGCUGCGAUUUUCGUGUGCGUUUGCCGGAUCAAGAAGAGGAAGAGGUGCCUCGACACGGCACCGGUCAAGAAGGAAUCCAGUGCGGCAGGGGAUGCAUGGUCGUCAACCUCCUCGGAGUCGCGUGGGUUCACGCGAUGGUCAUGCUUGCGGAAGCGAGGCGACAACGACGGAGUGAGCUCGGAGACCACCGCCUCCGACACCGACGACAACGACGACGUGAAGAGCUACGACAACGCUCAGCGGCACGAGAAGCAGGAGCCCUACAAGCAAGGGAUGCUCGUGACCAUCGAUAACAGCGGCGGCGGGGACAAGGUGGCGGCGCUCGAGCUGGAGACGUUGCUGAAGGCGUCGGCGUACAUACUAGGGGCGACUGGGUCGAGCAUCAUGUACAAGGCGGUGCUGGAGGACGGGACGACGCUGGCGGUCCGGCGGAUAGGGGAGAGCGGCGUCGAGCGGUUCAAGGACUUCGAGGCCCAGGUCCGAGCCGUGGGCAAGCUGGUCCACCCGAACCUGGUCCGGGUCCGCGGGUUCUACUGGGGCGUCGACGAGAAGCUCAUCAUCUACGAUUUCGUCCCCAACGGCAGCCUCGCCAAUGCACGCUACAGGAAGGUGGGCUCGUCCCCUUGCCAUCUGCCGUGGGAGGCCCGGCUCAGGAUCGCGAAAGGAGUGGCCCGCGGGCUCGCGUACCUGCACGAGAAGAGGCACGUCCACGGGAACCUGAAGCCCAGCAACAUCCUGCUGGGCGGCGACAUGGAGCCCAAGGUAGGCGAUUUCGGGCUCGAGCGCCUCGUCACCGGCGACACGAGCUACAAGGCCGGGGGCUCGGCCAGGAACUUCGGGAGCAAGCGGUCGACCGCCUCCCGCGACAGCUUCCAAGACCUCGGCCCAAGCCUGGGGCCGAGCCCCAGCCCCAGCCCGAGCUCGAUCGGCGGGUUCUCGCCCUACCACGCGCCCGAGUCGCUGAGGAGCCUCAAGCCCAGCCCGAAGUGGGACGUGUUCUCGUUCGGGGUCAUACUGCUGGAGCUGCUGUCGGGGAAGGUGGUGGUGGUGGACGAGCUGGGCCAGGCCAACGGGGUCGUGGUCGACGACCAGGCCCGGGCAAUGAGGAUGGCCGACGCGGCGAUCCGUGGCGACCUGGAGGGCAAGGAGGACGCCCUGCUGGCUUGCUUCAGAUUAGGGCUCAGCUGUGCAUCUCCCAUGCCCCAAAAGAGACCCUCGAUGAAGGAGGCCCUACAUGUUCUUGAAAAGAUCCCAUUUUCCUCAACCUCUUUGCACUAUUAUGGCCACUUGUAAUGAAUAGGUUCAACUGUUUGUAGAGAGCGAUGUAUCUAAUCUAUGAUUGACUGACGAAUUUGUCAAAUUUGUUUGUGGUUGGAUCAUGAAAUAGAGAGUUAGAUAGAGAUUUUUCUUUCA